GAUAAAGACACGUGCGCAUAAAAGGUGAAAGGAAGGGAGACGAAAAUUGCCGAGUGUGGUCGAAACAUGUUUUGUAGGGUCGAUCGGGCUAUCCGAGCAUAAGCACAGUUUUGUCAGUCGGCGAACACCGUACUGACCACAUGCACAAUAUAUCAAGAGUUUCAUCGAGUUGCUGAGUGUACCUUAACAAGAUUAUAAAUAGUUAUCAGAAAAAAGAAAUAUGCUAACGCGUCUCUUUGAAAUUCACGGCCGGUUUUGCGCUGGACAUCCCCUAGAAGUCAUUGUGACGACCUUCACACUUACGGCAUGCAUUCUGAACAUGGAGACAGGAAACGGACAUCCAAGUGUUCCUUUGACUGCACAUUGUGGACCUGGUAGAUGUAAUUCUGAUGAUUUAAAUGCAGCUGAUGUUAUAGUCAUGACUAUAAUACGAUGUUUAGCUAUAUUGUUUACUUAUCAUCAAUUUCGCAAUUUGCAAAAAUUGGGUUCAAAAUAUAUUUUAGGUAUUGCUGGCCUCUUUACUGUAUUUUCCAGUGUUGUGUUCACAUCUAGUGUAGUGAAUUUUGGACGCAGUGAUAUUUCCGAUUUAAAGGAUGCACUGUUCUUUUUCUUGCUUAUUAUUGAUCUUUCGAAGGCCGCUGUUUUAGCACAGUUGGCUUUAAGUUCCAGAAACAAAGAAGAAGUGCGAGCAAAUAUUGCUCGUGGCAUGUCGCUUUUAGGGCCAACUAUUACAUUAGAUACUUUAGUGGAAACUUUACUUAUUAGCAUAGGAUCCUUAUCUGGAGUUAGAAGAUUAGAAAUUUUAUGCAGUUUCGCUUGCUUGGGAGUUGUUGUAAAUUAUAUUGUUUUCAUGACAUUUUAUCCUGCAUGUUUAUCACUUAUUCUUGAGCUUUCUCGCGAAACUAAUACAAUGAAACCAUUAAGUGCUGAUAAAAUUUUUAUGAUGCAUCCAUUAGACGAGGAGGAUCAGAAACCAAAUCCAGUAGUAGAACGCGUUAAAUUAAUCAUGAUUGCUGGUCUAUUUGUAGUACAUGCCAACAGUCGUUUCAAAAGUGAAGAAAGCGAAGAUACGGUAGAAGGCAAAGUAUCUUCUACAAAUUCACAUGUCAUAGUGAAUUCUUAUAAUGAAACUGAAGAUUCGUCUGAAGUCAAGGGUUAUUUAAUGAAUUGGCUAUCUGUUAGUGCAGAUAAUAUUGUGAUAUUGAUCCUUCUUCUUGCACUCGCAAUUAAAUUUAUUUUCUUCGAAGAUAAAGAAGAUAUUGCUAAACAAUUACAAUUCAAAGUAGAAGAUGAUACAGAAGAAAAGAUUGAAAAUGAAUAUAUGAAAGAAAAAAAAUUUGAAAUUGAAUAUGUAAAAGAUAAAGAGAAUGAAAAUGAAGAUAUGAAUUUUUCUUUUCUUACCACCAAAAUGCCAUUCAAAUUAUCUUUUGCUAAAAUGCAAACUAUUUCUAUACCUUGGAUUGAUGGCAAAGAAGAACAAAUAGAUGAAAAACAAUGUACUGUAAAUACAUCAAACGAUAAAAAUCUAUUUUCACAAAUUCCCAGAUCUGUAGAAGAAUGUCUUAAAAUAUACAAAUCUGAGCUUGGUGCAAAUGGAUUAACAGAUGAAGAAGUAAUUCAAUUGGUAAAGAACAAUCAUAUAGCUGCUUAUCAAUUAGAAAAAGCAGUUGGUGAUAUGGAACGGGGUGUAGAAAUCAGGCGUUUUAUAAUAGGAGAGGCUGGAAAUUUCCUUGAUUAUCUUUCCAAUUUGCCAUAUAAAGAUUAUGAUUAUAGUAAAGUAUUAGGAGCUUGUUGUGAGAAUGUCAUGGGAUAUGUACCAGUACCACUUGGAAUUGCUGGUCCAUUAUUACUUGAUGGUGAAUUGUAUUAUGUACCAAUGGCAACAACAGAAGGAUGUUUAGUAGCAUCUACAAAUCGUGGUAGUAGAGCAUUGUUAAAAUGUGGUGUAACAAGCCGUGUAGUUGCUGAUGGAAUGACUAGAGGACCAGUUGUGAGAUUUCCAAAUAUUGUUAGAGCAAGUGAAGCUAUGGCAUGGAUGCAAGAUCCUGAUAAUUUUAAAGAAAUGAAAAAUAGUUUUAAUUUAACCAGUAGAUUUGCACGUUUGACAAAGAUUAAUAUACGUAUUGCUGGCAGGCAUUUGUUUAUUCGUUUUGUAGCAACUACUGGUGACGCUAUGGGAAUGAAUAUGUUAUCUAAAGGAACUGAAAAAUCAUUAAAUACAGUGAAAGAACAUUUUCCUGAUAUGGAAAUAUUAUCAUUAAGCGGUAAUUUUUGCACGGAUAAAAAGCCAGCAGCAGUAAAUUGGGUUUGUGGUAGAGGCAAAAGUGUGGUUUGCGAAGCAGUUGUACCUGCAGAUAUUGUUACAAAUGUGUUAAAAACAUCUGUUCAUGCUUUAGUUGAUGUGAAUAUAAGUAAAAAUAUGAUUGGAUCUGCUAUAGCUGGCAGUAUAGGUGGCUUUAAUGCACAUGCUGCAAAUAUUGUAACUGCAAUCUUUAUAGCUACGGGUCAAGAUCCUGCACAGAAUGUUGGAAGUAGUAAUUGCAUGACUUUGAUGGAACCAUGGGGAACAGAUGGUUCAGAUUUAUAUGUGUCUUGUACAAUGCCUAGUAUAGAAAUAGGUACUGUUGGAGGCGGAACUAUUCUUCCUGCACAAGGCGCGUGUUUAUCUAUAUUAGGUGUUAAAGGUGCACAUAGUGAUGAACCCGGUGAAAAUGCAAGCAGAUUAGCUAGAAUAGUAUGUGCGACGGUACUUGCCGGUGAAUUGUCAUUAAUGGCUGCACUUACGGCUGGUCAUUUAGUCAAAAGUCAUCUUCGGCACAAUAGAUCAUCGACCACUGUAACAAAUGCGAUGAGUGUUCCUCAAAAAUAUACAGGAACUAAAUUGUCUGUGCCAAAUCUUUUACAACCUGUACAAAAUGUUUGUAAGGGACUUCUAGAAAAAUCUUAACAUUAAUCAUAUACAUAAAAAAGUUUAUUUUUAAUUUUUAGUAGAUUAUUUUGUAUCAUAUAACUAUUAGUACAUAAUAUUUCUAAUAAAUAAUACUUUUUUAUGUACAUGAAAUAAGAUAUUCUUAAAAAAAAUUAAAAUAUAAAUAAAUACAAUGAAAUAAUAUUUCUAUAAUUUAAUAAAAAAAAAUUAUAAUGAUAUAAAUUGCAUCAGAUACAAAAAUAAUUUUUAAUGUGGAGGAAUAUAUAUAUUCUUAAUUUAUAGUGAAAUAUGUAAUUAACUAUGGUUGUAUAAAAUUAAUAUAAUGUAAAGAUUAUUUUUUUUUUGCCUAUACAGUCAUAUUUUUAUACAUUAUGCAAUAUUGAUUUUUAGUUGUAGUUAAGUUAUUUUAUAAUAGUGAAAAAAAAAUAUGAUCGAGAACUGUACAUUAUGUAGUAUAUCAAAUCAAUCAAAUUGUUUUACUUAAAAAAGAAAUAUAUAUAUAUACAGAAUGUUAAUAUAUUUAUGCAACAUUUUUGCAGGAUUAAUUCUAGAAGCUAAAAUAAACAAAAAUUAGUAUAUCAAAAUGUUAUUCGAGAUUAAUUUAUUAAAUUAUAAACAAUUAAAGUUACAUUAAACAAAACGAGAUUCAAUAAGAUAGCUUUGUUUUUUUCACCAUCUUAUUUUAUCUAAUAUAAACUUAAAUUGCUCAUAAUUUAAUAAAUAAAUUUUAAACUUUACAUACUAACUCCUGUGUUUGUUUUAAUCAUUAGAAUCAAUCUUCUAAAUAUGUCUUAUGAAUAUAUGAUAUUAAAAUAUAAAUACAAAUUAAAUUAUAUAUUUUUUUUAUUACUUAAUUAAUAAUAAAAAAAUUAAAUAUGUAU